CUUCUGACGUGCGCAUUGGUGAUCGCCAUUCCGCAUAUCCCAAGUUCUAGUAUCGUUCUCAUCUACACAAUUCUCGCUUCUGUUGGUGCCCCGGUUGAACAAGUCUCCCUCCUCUACGCUACUGAGUGGCUUCUUGACCGAAUCCGAUCCGGGAUGUCUUGCGUCUCGACGUUUUAUUGCGUCUGUUUCACAGACUAUGUGACUAGGGGAAAAGGUGAAGAUGAAGCAUACAGUAACAGCGAUUUCGAUGACGUCAUGUCAGAACUAUCCCAGGCCAAGUCCCUCAAGAACUCCACUUAG